GUCGCGUCGUCCUCCCGUGAUCCAGCGCGCGACUCCUUGCCUACCAACGCCGCCGCCGCUUCAAGCCCGCAGGCAGCUUCGGGAAAUGUAAUUUCUAAGUUGCAUUCGCAGUUUCGCAACAAUCCGCUGGCAGCGUCCCUUUAAGUAGAGAGGGAGAUGACUGGGUGCAAAUGUCUUCCCAAAUUGGGAGCUUUUGUUUUCAAUUGGAAAGUGGGUAAUGGGGUGAGUGGGUGAGAGAGCAAGGGCGAGGGGAAGGUUUGUGUGGAAAGUGCUGAAGAGGAAACGGAAGUUGCUGCCUCCCCCCUCUCUCUGCAUCCCUGCUUCCGCCGCUUCCCUCUCGUUGGAGACAAAGGAGCGAGGCCCGAGGCCCGUGUUGGAGCCGGUGAGUUUGCGGGGCCCAGUCUGGGUGUGGCGCCUGAGAGAGAGAGAGGCUGCGCCCCGUUAGCUGUCCUCCUCCCCCCACCCGCUGUGAGGGUGGCGCCCCCUCCCCGCAGUCCUCACUAGGCCUACUCGGAAGUAGGUCCUGCUGAGUCCAGCAGGUCGUCGUCGUCUUCUUGCGGAGGGGAUGGACAGGCAGAGCUGGCAGUACUUCAGUUCAUUCAUUUAUUUUAUUGCAUUUAUAGAACGCCCUUCGUCCGAAGAUCACAGGGCGGUUCACAGCAUAAAAACACAAAAGGCAUAACGUGAUUUUUAAGAAGAAAGUUCUCUCUCUAUUAUAUAUGAAAGCUAUAUAUAUAAUAUAAUAUAAAUCUCAAACUCCCAGGGUCGUUAUUGAUAACAGAUUAAUUUAGGAGGAUAAGGGUUUGUGGGGGGGGGGACUCAGGGGUACUCAUACCCCUAAACAUUUUGUGAGUCUAAUUUUGGCCUCAUUGAGUGUACAUAUGUGUGUGUACACACACACAUAUAAACACUGAUCCUCCUAAAUUAAUCUGUUAUCAUUAAUGACUCUGAGAUUUUGAUCUUGUUACACAAAACAAGCACAUUUUGAUUCAGAGUUUUUUCUUCUCUAGAGAGGAAAACCAUUUGCGAUAUUUGGUUUCAACUUUUUCUUUUGGUACCGCAUGAAAGAAGUCGCUACAAGUGGGUAGUGUUUAAAGGGGGAGGGAAAUAAACUUUUCCUGUACUGGUUCAUAUCUUUGCUCUGAAACAACAAGGGGAUUAUCUGUGUUUAAGAAGGUAGCUCAGUACUGCAAACAAUGAAGUUUAUAGAUAAUUAUUGUUCAGUACAGUAUAUCAAUUAUGCGAUUCAGUUGUAGAUGUUGGAGGACUACCUUGGUCCAACUGCUUAUAUGGGAUGUGUCAAGAGAGAACAUGGUUUAUAGUGAUGUUCUACUUUUCUUUUUCAGAUCUAAUGUCAGCUGGUUGAACACUUUUCUACCAAAAUGUCAAGUAAGUUCAGCAGCAGUCUGGGUGUAUGUGUGUUUUUUCUUAUUUAAUUCAUAUCCACAUAUAGAAUAGCACCAAUAUUUCAUUCCAUGGAUCAUUGAUAAUGAUAUCUGCACUCUCUAAACCAGCCUUUCCCAGCCUUGCGUCCCCAGACAUCUGGGGACGCCUGGGGAUCCAAAGUUGAGAAAGUCUGCUCUAAACCUUCCCAAUUUUGAACUACGUACUUAGUGUGUUACUGUCACUGUCCUUAUGGCAAAAAGUUCAUUUGCACAAGAGCUCCAAAUCUACUAUAAUUGUGCAGCCUGAAUUUCCCAAAAUCCUAAAAAUUGUGACAGUCUGGAUGUGCAGUCGCAUGAAAAGUCUGUUAUUGCUUCAGCAACUGAAUCAGCCACCCUUUUCUUGUUCAGUUAGAAUAGGAAAAGGGAAAAUACAGAGAAAUUCUGUUGUGCUUUUAAUUUACUUGGGCUUGUUCAUUCUACUCACUUCUUUGAGUUCUUGGGAACUGAACACAAGAUUACAAACCACAGCUUGGAUGCUCCUAUAUGAAGUAUUUUCUUAAAUGAUAGACUUUCCUCCCCCUCAUCUAUUCACCUUUUGAUUUGGUACUUGAAUUUUUUCCUGCCAGUCUCUAGGUUUCCAGCUUGUCUACAUAGUCAUUCUCCCCCCCUUCUUUUUUUAAAACAGAAAGGCCAUCCUAUGCCCCACCACCCACCCCAGCCCCCACAACCGUAAGUAUGAAAGUAUUUUUCUUACUUUGUAAACUAAAGCCUGGUUUCAUUUUAGUUCAGCAAAGAAGAUACUGCAGAGCUUUGUAAACCAAAUCAGACAAAUGGUUCCUCUCAAAUAGCGUGAUUAAAUUCUGACUCCAGUCCAUACCUCAGAAUCCUUUGCCAGCCCUGGCUGUGGAGUGCUUUUAACUGGCAUUUUCAAGAAUUAGAACUUGGGGUCUCAUGCCUGAUGCAUGCUAUGUUUCCAGACUAUAACACAAGCUUACUUCCUGUAACAUUUGGCAUUCAUUUUUGUAAAAGUACACAUUUUAAUCUCGUGUUGCAUCUUUAAUCCAAGUAAUAUCUCACGUAGCUUCUUUCCAAAGCACCUAGUAAAAGCUGUGGCCACACAUUUUUGGAAACCUGGAUAAAUGCAAGCUCUGUUCUUUAAGUCUGCUAAGAUAUGAGCAUCUGUGUGGUGAUAACAGGCAUUUGUGAAUCUUUCUAAUUGUAUAUUGUAGUUAUUCCCAUAGAAUGAGGUAUAAACACUUUGGCAGGGAAUGGGGGCGGGGGGGGGAGAUGUUGUUAUAGCUAUAGCAGAAGGUGGAAGUGAGAUGCACAAAGAACAGCAACAAGGUUUUCACUUCUAGGGAAAGAGAGUACAUUAACCUUUUGAGUAAACACAUUCAGAACAUCUCUGUGGUGUGUGCUGUGAAAAGGAAGGCACACUAAGCAACAUACUUUAGAGAGCAGAAGGUAAGAAUUAAAUGCAGGCCUCAGGUUUCCACUUUGUGACCAGGCUGGCAUGUCAUGCUAAACCAUUGUUGAGUGCAGGUGAGAAGAAGCUUUUGCUUUACUACAGUUGUCAUGUUUUCUAUGGUUUUUAACUAUAGUUAGCUUAAAACAAGACAACUUCAAAUUUUGUUUUCAGAAACUGGCUUCUUUAACCAAAUUGACCACAGGUUUGGAUGACACAGGAAGGUGUGGUUAAAUAGAAGUGAAGGCCCCCAACCUCCUCCUUAGCUAUGUGGAGUAGGUGCACAAACUCAAGGCUUGGUGCAGCUUCUUGUGUAUAGUGCUGAACCAAAGUUCAAGUGAUGUGUGAACUCAGCCUUCCUGCUUUGGGUGCUGUCUGCAGAGCCAGAGGGCUUCCUGAUGGGAAUUUAUUGUAGAACUCACACCAUGUUUGACACCAUGUCAAAAUGCCAUCCUAUAGCUCUUGCCAUUUAAUCUGGAUUUUGUGUGGUAACAGAAAAUAAUGAAAAAUAAACAGUUAUACAUCUGCAGACACUACUCGUGCAAAAGCUCACUGAUUCCAAUUUUUUGUGGGCCGUUUGUCACAUAUGCAGUGACCUUUUUGGUAGGUGUUCUCCCUCUUCUCCUUGCUCCUCACCUGAACACAGCCGACUCAUUUUGUUUCUGGUGGCCCAAACAAUGUGAACAUGCCUGUUUCCACAGAUUGCUGCGUACUAAUGGUCCUACUGAAAGGUAUCUGGAGAGUCUGUAAUUGGUGCAUAUCACUUUUUUAAAAAAAUACUAAGGCCAUGCUCAAAACUGCUUUUGCAAAAAAAAAAAAAAAAACCCUCUUAUUAUUAAACCACUAUAUUAAAAAUAUUUAUUGCCCACCUUUUGGGAGUGCAUUCAAGCUGCAAACUAUGUACCUAGUGUACUGUCUCAAAGUAAUGAUUUGGGUAUUAGUUGCAUUUAUGGUUCACCUUCUCCAGAACAGAAUAAAACAGAAUAUCGGGAUGGUUCAAGAGCUGAGAAUUGCCCAGGUUUGGGUAUACUGGACAGAACUAUUGGUUGGAUCCUAUUUCCCCCUUUUUCUGUGGCGCUGCUAAACAUUUUAUAUCUAUUUGGUCAUUAGUUACUGCAGUGGCCUGGUUUGCACAUAACAUUAAACCAUGGUUCAUUAAGCUGUAGUUCAUUAAACCGUGGCUUAGUGUUAUAUGUGAGCCCUCCCCAGCAGUUCAACUAUGGUUUGUUUGCUCCAAAACAAACCAUAAUCUGACGGCUUCUUGGCUUUUGGACUUGGUUUUAAUUAUAGAUUGGUGCUGUGUGAGAACCUGGUACCCUUCUUUAACCAUGAUUUAAACAUUGUUUGUCCACUCUACCUAUUCACCAGGCUACAGAAUAGAACCCCCAUUAUUAAAAGUUGUAUUAUCUAGCCAUCAACAGCUAUAUCAUUUACAUGGAAAAGAGCCUCACUGAUUUCUGCAGAACUUACUUCCAUCGAAUGAGUUUAGCACUGGGGUGCCAAUGACAUUUCCUUAGAAUCAUAGAUGUGUAGUGUUGGAAGGGACCCCAGGGGUCAUCUUCUCCAACCGCCUGCAGUGCAAGAAUCUCAGCUAAAGCAUCAAUGGCAGAUGGUUAGUCAACCUGUGCUUUAAAACCUCCAAGGAAGGAGGGUCCACAACUUCCCAAGGGAAUCCAUUCCACUGUGAAACAGCACUCACUGUCAGAAAGGUUUUUUUCUGAUGUUUAGUCAAAAUCUCCUUUCUGUUAGCUGAAAUCCAUUGGAUCGAGUUCUACCCUCCUGAGCAGGAGAAAACAAGCUUGCUCCAUGUCUUCCAUGUGACAGCCCCUAAGAUAAUUUGAAGAUGGCUAUCAUAUCUCCUCUGUCUUCUCUUUACCAAGUUAAACUUUCUCAACCAUUCCUCAUAAGGAUUGGUUUCCAGGCCCUUGAUCAUCUUGGCUGCCCUUCUCUGCACACAUUGCAGUUUGUCAAUAUCAUUUUUAAAUUGUUCUGCCUAGAACUGGACACAGUUCUCUAGGUGUGUUUUGACCAAGGCAGAAUAGAGUGGUGCUAUUACUUCCCUUGAUCUGGACUCUGUACUUCUGUAGAUGCAGCCUAGAAUAGCAUUAACUUUUUUUUGCUGCUGCAUCUCACUGUUUACUCAUGUCCAGCUUGAGGUCUACUUGGACCCCUAGAUCCUUUUAACAUGUACUACUUGCAAGCCUGGUGUCCCCCCAUCUUCUGUUUGUUCAGCUGGUUCUUCCUGCCUAGGUAUAGAAUCUCAUUUUCGUCCCUGUUGAAAUUAAUUGCAUUAGUUUUGACCCAGUUCUCCAGUUUGCUUAGGUCAUCUUGAAUUCUGAUUCUGUUUUCUGCGGCUUUGGCUUCUCCCAAUUUGGUGUCCUCUGCAAAUAUGAUGAGCAUACACCAUGUCCACAACAUUCCCCUGAUCCAUGCAAGGAACCUACUACUUGCUUGAACUUCCUCUUGCUUUGAAUGUAGCUGAAUAAAUCUUUAUUAUUAUUUUUAACUUCUCUUGCAAGCCCGGGUUCAUUCUGAGCUUUGGCCCACCUGACCUUUUCCAUGCAACUGUUGGCUACUCAUGUACACUUGGGCAUAAAGUUCCUUGCCCUCUGAGAUCUUUUGAUGCACUGAAUUCUGAUUACAUUGAUUAAAUAUUGUGGCUGUUCAGUUUCUCUUCAGGGCUGCAAUAAUUUUAAAAUAAUUUUGUGUCACCCACUCCAUACCAGGGUAACUAUGUAAGCUUCUCCCACUGCGUUCUAGAAACAUCUGGCUGGCUGGAGUUCCCUUUGCAUUUAUUUAAUUAAAGUGUUUGAUAUAUCACCUGCCAGAUUCCCAACCUCCAGGGUGGCUUAUAGGGAUAUUUUGGAAUGAUAAUAAUAGAACUAUAAAGAACCAGGAAAAGCACAUUGGCAGCCUGAAAGCAAAUCUAUUUUGAAAGACCUGGGCAAAUAAAACAAAGUCUCCUGAUGCCAGCAGGAUGUGAAAUUUUGUGCCAGUCUCCCUGGGGAGAGCGUUCCAAGGCCCUUUCUUUAGUUGCUACUCACUUAAACUGCAGGAGAGGCACCCAGAGAAGGGCCUCAACAGAGGACUUAACCAUGGAGACAGGUUUGUGUGAGAGUAAGCAGCCCCUUAUACUUGACAGCUUUCAGGCUGUAUAGGACUUUAAAGGUUAACAGAAGCAAUUUGAAUUGCGUUCAGAAAUGAGCCAGCAGUAAAGACAUUUAAGUACUGAUGAGUUAGGUAUGUUUCAUUUACUGGUCCUAGUCAACCAUCUAGCAGCAUAACUGGGCAACCUAUUAUGGGAUGUUUCCAUGUACUUGAACCAUGUCAGUUUUUCUAUCCUGUACAGCUCCUAGCACCCUGCUAGAGCUAGAUAAACAUUGAAAAGUGAAGUGUGGCAGGUGAAUAUGAGAGCGAGUGCUUUUUCAGUGGCAGUGCUCUGACUUUGGAAUGCCUUCCUGGAUGUUUUUGACACCAUGGAAACACCUCCCCCCCCAAAAAAAAGAGAAUUCAUUUUAAUUUAUUGUAUGUUGUUGCACAGCUUCAACGAUUUCUAUCUUAGCUAUGGAAUUUUCAGCUGCCAUUAAAUAUUCAUUUGUUCUGGGGGGGGAUUUAACUUGUAUUUUAGAUAACUGUUAACAUGCAACCUAUAGUCUUAUUUGGUUGAAUAUAAAGAUCCAACAUAAAUACUGAAGUUUGAACCGUGAACUAAUUUUGAAAAUACAAACGGCUUAAGAAAAUAUUGGUGCACUGAGCGCCCAUAUAAAGGACUAGUUCUACUUGGCUACACAUACUUAGAUGCUUUCCUAUGAUGUAUCAUGUCCUUUGAGUAUUUCAGUUUUGUGUGGGUUUUUUUGUACCCCAUGAGCACCUGGAUAAGCAAUGAAUCAGAGCUGUGAAUCUCCAUUUUUCUUGGGAGUUUUUCUUUAGCGUCCUUCAGAAGCACCUGAAGGGUGGUUGGUUUUUCUAAUUUCUGUUGGCUGGAGCCCAGCCCAGCAGGUUGGGUGGUAAUAGUUCUAGGGUUAUAUUGAUUAUUUUAGAAGGUAUAUUUAAAUCAAGCAUGCAAUUUGCCAUUCACCUACAGAGCAUAGCAAUUAGCCCCUAGGCGGGCAGAUGACUGGCAAACUGGGUGGUUCAGAUGCAGUGCCAAAUCAUGCUUUGACAUUAUGUCAGCAAGAAGCUUUGGGAUUUUAUUCUUCCUCUCCUCAUUGCAUGAUGCAGUUCCCUUCUUCUGACCCGGCUAUGAAGCAAGCCAUGGUCUGCUGUUUUCAGUGUUUGAAAUUAGUCAGGCACCAGGUGCAUUUUGCACCUGGCUACCAACCAGUUGCAACCAAGUAAAGAUGCCAGGGUACCACGACCUAGAGGUGCAUGCCUGCAGAUCCUUGGAUCUGGACUGUUUUCACACACCCAUACCCCAUCCUGUCAAAUUCUAUCAGUUAUAUUUUAUCUUCACAAUCAGAAUGAGUGUCACAAACCAAAAUGCUUUUUCUGUGCAGCAGGAGCAGUGAACAACAUUAUAGUUUAUCGUUGUAGCAUGUCUUCAGUUUCCCCACUGCCCUGAUCGCAGUUGUGAAGAAUAUCCGUACAUUAUGAAUGAUCAGUGUCACCAUUAAGAAAAAGAGGUCGGAAUAGGCCAAUAUAAAUGUGGACCAUCUCUGGAUAAAGUGACUUUUCUUAUUUUAAGUUCUCAACGUUCUUAACCUAGCUCAAGGUUGUUGUCUGAACUAGGCAGUUGUUUUAACUGGAGGUUACACCCAUCCAGAAUCUGCAGUGGCAAGUUUUUUUUAAAGAGAGAAACCCCUCUUUCCUCAACAGGUUUCAUUCAGGCUUACUGUCCCUCUUGAGAGAGGGAGAGAGAGCCAGCUGCUGUUAACACCUCAUUAUGCUUGUUUAAAUUUCCGGUUGCUUUUGCAUGCUGUACUGCAAACCAUUUUCAUUUCUCUGUGUUCUCCUCGUUGGGAUUCAUUUCUCAUUCGUGUUUUUGUCUCAUUUGUUUCCAUCAGCAAAUGCCCAGCACACCGGGGUUUGUGGGAUACAAUCCAUACAGCCAUCUGGCCUACAACAACUACAGGCUGGGAGGGAACCCGGGCACCAACAGCCGGGCCACGGUAGGAGAAUCAACUAUUACGUCAUCCGGCAAACAACAGGAAGUGACCAGAAAUGGCUUUAGAGUUAGGUUCUUCUGAAUCUUAGCUGAUACCACUUUUUUAUUUUCAUUUUUCAAAUAUGAAACAUGAACAACAAUAACUUGUGGUUUCUUUCCCUUUCUCCCUAGUCUUCCUCUUUUUUUUCCUUUCUUUUUUUCACUGUGCACAUUUUACAUAAUGGCCUUCUAUUUGUAAAGCAUACAACAAAAUGGGGUGAGUUCACGUGUAUGCCCAUUGAUAAGUGGAGCAUCACAUACGGGUGAAACUGUUAUCGCAGAUCAGGCACCACUCCCAGCACCUCUUGACUGUGGUUUCCAUGGAGGCAGCUCACACAUUGCCUUGCCAGGGCACCAAGGGAGAAGGAAGCAAGUGAUAGACAUGCACAAGGGAAUCAGCCUUUUGAGUUCCAGAAGAACAGUUCACUUAAAAGGUGGACGUGCUUCAGCAUCUUCAAGACUUAACUUGGCAGGAAUGUUUCUGAAGCUACAGCCUACUUCAUCAGAUGGGUGGACCUUUUCCAAAUUUGCAGAAAAUUGUUUUAGAGCUACAGUCGUACCUUGGAUCCCAAACGCCUUGCGAGUCUAACGUUUUGACUCCCCAACGCCGCAAACCCAGAAGUGAGUGUUCCAGUUUGCGAAUAUUCUUUGGAACCCGAACAUCUGUCACAGCUUACGUGGCUUCUGAUUGGCUGCAGGAACUUCCUGCAGCCAAUCAGGAGCCGCGUCUUGGUUUUCGAACAUUUCGGAACUUGAACAGAUUUCCAGAACGGAUUCCAUUUGAGGACCAAGGUACCUCGGAAGUCGAACCGAAUCCAUUCCUGAAGUUUGUCAACUUCCAAAACAUUUGAAAACCAAGGCCAUCUUCCGAUUGGCUGCAGGAGCUUCCUGCACUCAAUUGGAAGUUGCGUCGGACAUUCGGCUUCCAAAAAACAUUUGAAAACCGGAACACUUACUUCCAGGUUUUCAGUCUUCGGCAGCCGGUUUGUUUAUCAACUAAGCUAUUCAAGAAUGUCCAAAAUCUUCUUAGGCUCAUUUAAGUUGGCAUCUUCUGCCUCCAUGUGUAAAAUAAGCUGUGUUCUGGAAUUGGGGUGGGGGGGGGGAAGCACCUGCUCACCUUCAGAAUUAAACAUCAUUUUGGAUUUUCCCAUUACUACUUUUAAACUAAUUAUGUGAAGUUUUGAUGUCCUCCUAAAAGAUGCUUAAAAUUGGGGAAAGAAUCAGUAAGAACUACCAUCUUGACCUUCCUACUUGCUUCCUAUCUACUGCCAAAGGACAUUCAUUAUUUUUACUAUUAUUGUCAAUAUAUAUUACUUGCCCUUCAGCCUAAUGUCCUAGGGCAGGUUAUCAAAAUGAAAAACAAUGUUUAGAAACAAUAUAGACAUAAGCUGGCCCUAAAAAUACACAGCUUUGGUGCCAAAAGCCAGUGUAAAGAGGUGCAUCUUCAUUCGACAACAGCUGUACAGUAUAAUGAAGAUGCCAGAUGCACUUUUUAGCCGCUGCCAUAGAAAAUGUCCCUUCCUGGGCUGCCACCCCUUGAGCUUUGGGGGGGGGGGAAUAACCAAUAGGGCUCCCCUGCCAAUCUUAACACCCAAUGGGGUGUGUAGAGAAGGAGGCAGUUUCAGGUAUUUGGGGCCUGAGUCGUUUAGGGCUUUAAACAGCACCACGAACACCUUGAAUUGGGCUCGGAAAGAAGCAGCCUGUAAGCAUUGCUGGUGGAGAAUGCUCCAUAAUAACCUGUUAGCACCUAGGCUGUCUUAACUCGUGUCAUCUGGCUGCUGUAGACUGCAUCACAGUGACCUGCCAGUGGUGACCACAUCAUUGUGAGAUCUUCUUUCUCAUGCUUUCCCCCCUGAUAACGUGGCAGUAACGGGUCAAUACAGGCCAUGCUUCCUUUUCCUAAUUACAUGCUUUCUUUCUUUUGAUUGUUGUACUCCCAGCUGAGCAACAUAGAUCUGGGAAAGAAUCCCACUCCUGGCCCACUUCAUGCAUUCCCUGCCUGCUUCUACACAAGAAUGGGGGUGGGCGGGAAUAACGUUAUAAGGAAGUGGCUCUCAUGCCCCUCCAGGAGCCUGUGUAAUAUACCUUGAAAAAGCAUUUUAUAAGUUAACUAACAAAUUGAUAAAAUGCAGUUGCUCUUCUGGAAUUUGCUAGUAACUGAUAACUGUAGUAAGUGUUAGAACAGUGUUCACCCAUGCUGGACAGUCAAACAAGGAAGCACAUCAGCUAUCCCCAGUGUGGUUCUCUCCAGAUGUUUUGGACUACAACUCCCAUCGGCUAUGGACAGCAUGGCCAGGGGUGGUGUAAUCCAAAGAAUAUGGAUGAUACUGAGCUGGGCAAGGCUGGAUUGCAUAGUAGCUGCUGUCACCGCCUGCCCCUAGCAGCCCCAAAACCGAAGUGUGCAACUCUCAAGGGACUCUCGUGUCCCUUGUGGAGUUCGUCCGCAGCGCAACACAACACUCAUUUGAUAAGUUGAAGAGAGCCCUCUUUUGGCCCUCGGUGCUCAGAUCAGAAGUAGAUCAAUGUGGCAAAGCGAUACAGUAGGUACACAAUACGAUGGCGGGGAAUUGAUGGCCCUUCAUGCUUUUAAAUCACAUUUCAUAGGAAGGAUUUCUUACAUUACUAAGAUCUUCAUAAGGUGUCUGUGUGUGUUUUUCCCAAAUACAGUUUUUGUCCAUUCAUCAUUUAAAAAUCUUAUCCCCAAAGACUUUUAAAAUCUGAAUUUAAGUUCAGAUUAAAACAGGUUUUUAUGUUUCACAGAUUUCCAUUGUAUAUAUGUCAUGAGCAUUUACACCUUUCUCUGCCGUGUAUAUUUCAAUAUAUGUGGUCUUUAAAAAAAACACCUAUUGAUUUAUAAGCAUUAAAUUAAUUCACUGAAUGUUUUCAGUCCCAUUGUUAUGUGUGUGCAUGUAUCUGUAUACAGUUGCUAAUGCAUACACCUCAAAAACUUAUAGAUAUUUCAGUGGAAGCAAUAUAUGAAUUGAUUGGUUCAAAGCAUUUCAUAAAUAUGAGCAGGAGCAAAGCCUGGGGUUUUUUCCUGCAUCAAAACAAAACAAAACAAAAAGUUGAAGUGCUUCUGGAAUGCUAGAGAUCUGAUAUUGCAAGCUUGCCACACAUGCUUUACCUCAGGCUUAGUGGUCCUGCCACAUUCUGCGAGAUUGACCUUACUGCUCUAAAACUGAAAUCCAUGCAGAGACUUGUCUGUAUGUUUAUGCCUUCAUCUUAAACACUGCAGUUCCAGGAAAGCUAUAUGUGCUGCAAGGUGCAGGUGGAAUCUUGUUCAUGCAGGCUGCCCCAUUAAUUGCUCUGGAAAGAGGAGAUCCACGUGAGCUGAGAAACGGUGUGUGCUGAUCUGUUUCUUCCAUUGAAAUGAACAAGAAGCCCAUGGAGAUGGUGGUACAAGUCAGAGCUUCUGGCACUGUAAGCAAUUGCCAGAUGUGGGAACAUAAUAGUUUAUUAUGAUAGAAUUCCAUUGCCCAGAGUUAUCACACUAUCAGAAAUAGUGUGGGGAAUUUGACUCUUGCAACUUCCCUUGGGAUCCAUUUAAUAUAGUUGGCAUUCAGUCCCCACAUGAACACAGAACACUGGACCAUAGCCAUGGUUUGUAAACCACUUAGAGAUUUUGCUAUAGCGAAGCAGUAUAUAAAUUUGGUUUUGGGUUUUUAAAAAAUAUAUAUAUAACAAAUAUACUGCACUCAUUUCAGCAGAAGUAUGGAAGCCAAGGCUUUUAAUGGAAAUUGUGUUAAGACUGAGGAGUUAUAUCCUUCUGGCAAACUAUAGAUAAUGCAAACGAAGUGUCAGCUUGUCUUGGAUGGAUGAGAGGUUGUAUUUGUGCAAAUAAUGUAUUUUGGAAACGAGAAAAUAAAUCAUAGAAAGGAAGGCACUGUGUAGCUGCCAGCCAAUAACACCUAUUUGUUUUAGUGUCUUUCUUUUUCUUUCUUAUUGAGUGCAGGCAAGGUGCUUGGCGGUUUGUACCUUUAAGGAAGACAAAGGUCCCUCCAGGAACUCACAGUCUAAUUUGGACUCCGACAGUGAAAUUCGGAUUCAUGUGGUGUACAGGUUGAGGGAGCCAACCUUGCAGAGUUCUUGUUAUGAUACGUUUUCUGGGUUCUCCCCACCCUUAGCCUGCCUUAAUGGAAUAAGUAUAACCUGAGAAGGCCUUGAGUGAAAGAAUAUCCAUACUGCUUCAGUUCUGUUCUCUCUCCUCUUCCUAAAGUUACCUGUCUCUUUUCUUUAGCAUUGAGGUUGCAUUCACCCCUGAACUUGACCACUGGUUUGCUACUGUGCCUAUGGCAGCAAGUGUCCCUAAUGUUCUCCUGGGCUGUGGUUCGGGGCGGGGGGGAAUCUAAGAAAGCUACCGCUGUAAAAUCCAACUAUCCCCAAGAAGCCAGCCUAAAAGAAGUCAAAAUUGGGUAUGCCCAGGAUUCGGAGCAGUGACUACCAUUCCCCUAAACCAGGUAUGGCCAAAUUUGGCCCUCUAGCUGUUUUGGGACUACACCUCCCAUCGUCCCUAGCUAACAGGACCAGUGGUUAGGGAUGAUGGGAACUGCAGUCCCAAAACAGCCGGAGGGCCAAGUUUGGCCAUGCCUGCCCUAAACAAUCAUAGCUGUCUAGAAAGGUCCUGUCAAACACAGCAUCACCCAUACUCUGCUAUGCGUUGCAGGCGGAUUAUGGGAGAGCCGCAUAUUUUGCAACAUGAAACGAUCCCAACAAACAGUUGGAAGUUAAGAGUAGUCAAAUCUGCAUAGAGCUGUGGGUGUGGAGGCUACAAAAGGGAUGUGCUUAAUUCCAGCACUGGGGUGAGGCAGGUGUGGAUGCAGCCUCAGGUAUUUAGUGCUGGUAGAGUUAACAGCUGCUCUCAUUAGAAAGUGAAAACGGACUUUUGAAGCCACUGUUACAAGUAGAAAAAAUCUGCUUCUCUUUCAUUUAGAAAUCUCUGUACUGACAAAUUCAUCAGAGGUGCUGUCGGAAAGUACUCCCGACCCAGGGUGCUGGAGAAUGUAACCCUUCUGAUGAGAGCUAAUAAUGUUGCCUGCACCUGUGUCUCACUUACCUGUGUACGUCUCUUGGCAAAUGCCUGUCUUGGCGGUUCGCAAAUGUUUGAGAUAAGAUAACCAGUGGAUUUUAUUUGGUUCUUCUCUAGGCAUCAUCGGGUAUCACAAUCCCCAAACCCCCUAAGCCUCCAGAUAAGCCACUCAUGCCCUACAUGAGGUACAGCAGGAAGGUGGGUACAGAACACUUGGUCUUAAUUUCAGUAAGCAGGCCUCAAAACCACGUUAGCCUCGCGCUUAACGUAUUUCGUGGUGGUUCUUAAAAGUGUGCUUGAAUUUGUGGUGUUGUUUUUUUCUUUCCUUAAGGGAAAACUUAAGAAUGCAGUUUGUCUUCUCUUUUCACAGUGAAGGCAAUAGCGAACCAUGCAAAUGGAGCGGGUGGGGAGUUAGUUUCGCUGCAGGACGAAACUUGGCCACCGUUCUUUCGGGGGACAAAUGAAGAGCUUCAUUUAAUUGAAUAUUUAGACAAUGCUUAAAACUGCUGCCACCCCUCUCUGCUAACAAGGAUGCAUCUGGUGACUUGUUGACAUACUUUUCUGUUUUAAAAGUAUCCAGGAUUGGUGCAGCUCGAUAGCUGGACUUUGCAGUAGUGACAAUAGGACCUACUUUGCUUUUUUGAAAAGUUGUGUGUGGUAUUUUUUUUCUUUUUUUUUAAAAAAACACAUUUUCUUUCUUUUUUUAAAAAAAGAGGGUGCAGCGCCAUUCCUCUCUUUCUCUCCCCCUUUUUUUAAAUGUGAGCUUUUUCCUGAUUAAAAUGAGUACCUAGGACAGCGCCUGAUCCAAUCCGUUGUCGAGGAGUCACUGAGCCAGGAGGACGACUAUGUUACCUGCCUUCCCAUCUAUGGUUUAAAAAAAAACACCACAGCAACACCUGUUUCAUCCAGCGGCCUCUCUUAAGACAAAAAGAGAAGAAACAUAAUGCAGGAUUUAAGGGCAAGACUGGCGGAAAAGAUUCUGUGCGGCUGAGAAUUAAACCAGGCAGUGGAUAAACGUCGUAACUCUUGACUUCCUGCCCCAGAGAAAUAAUCAAACAGUGGACAUAGCAUAGCAAAAACAAAAAAGCCCUGUCUUAAUGUAGCCUUGCAUUGUGAUGAUAGCUCUCAGAAAAGACCCUAGUCAUGGUAGUGAUAUUAACAACAAAAAAAUAGAUGUGUUUAAUUUUAUAAGUAUUCAGUUAGCUGGAGCUUUACUACAGAUGUUUUUAUUAAGGUCUGGGACCAAGUGAAGGCGUCCAAUCCUGACUUGAAGUUAUGGGAAAUUGGGAAGAUCAUUGGAGGGAUGUGGCGAGACCUCACUGAUGAAGAGAAGCAAGAGUACUUAAAUGAAUAUGAAGCAGAAAAGGUACACGGAAGAAAUCCCUCUCUCUCUCCCCCAAAUGACACUGGACGUCUCUCUCUCACACGUGCACACACGAGGCUAAAAUCUUUUUUAAAAAAGAAAGAGAGACUAGCUCUGGAGGAGGAGGUGAUAAAGCAGACUCACAUACGAGAGAGUUAUUGAGGAAGGAAACUGAAUCAACUCUUUGCUGUGCGAGCCCAGCUCUCCCGGGAGCUUUAAGGAAAGUAUGGUAGAAACACGAUACUUGGAUUGCUUGAAAAGAGCCCACAACACCAGAUCCUUCAAUUAAACCUGAGUCGAGGUUGUGUGCCGUCCCUCUCUGCCCCCCAACUCUAAAGGCACCUGGAAAUAAAGCACAGUUUAAUGAGAUUUCCCUCUUCCAGUUCCUCCCAGCAUCACACUCCUCCUGUAUUCCCUUUGCUGUUCAUUAUAUAUGGACGCGCACCGAAAUGUUUAGAUGACACCCUACCCUGCCUCUGGCUGUGAGACCUUUGCAGAGGAGAGCAGUUGAACCUCAGUAAAGCUGCCCUGAGAUGUUGUCCACCCCUUGAUUCGCGUGAAAUUGGUCCUUGUUUUCCUGCAAGGAGCCUUUAGUCAGAAGGAUUCCCCCAAGGGCAAGGGAGACUGUUUUGGGUGCGAUUUUUAAAAUGUAUCUGUCAAAACUAUAGAUAGAGUACAACGAGUCAAUGAAGGCCUACCAUAACUCACCUGCUUACCUUGCCUACAUCAACGCGAAAAGCCGCGCCGAAGCCGCCCUGGAGGAGGAAAGCCGGCAAAGGCAGUCCAGGAUGGAGAAGGGCGAACCUUACAUGAGCAUCCAGCCCGCCGAAGACCCGGAUGGUAAGCAGGAGUAGCAGGUGUGGUGCUUUUAGCCCGUAAGGAAUGGCAAGGGGGUUGGUGGGGAAGCAGAAACUUCUUACUCCAAAAGGCUGCUUGGCAAUAGAAUUUAGCAGGAACCCUUGGGCCAGUUACUCGUCCCAAAUCAAUCUCUUGUCACUUACCCCCAGCAGCUUGGUGGUGGGUGAUCCAUACUACUAGAGGAGGAGGACCUCAUUGUCCAGGCUGAACAUUUAAGCUACCUGCAUUAAGUGAUACUGAAUAUAUGCUCUUUAAUCUUGGCAGAAUCAAAACACAUUCUUUUGCGGGGAUCUGAGCAAAGAGCCUAGAUCAGGGAAUCAGAGGGAGCAUCCCUCUUCUUUGCCUGCAGGAACAAUCUCCAGCACAAUCUCUGCGUGUCUGGUCUUUUGACUUGUGAAAGGCGUGAAAAGGGCCAGGUCCCCAUUUCUUGGUGCCUUUUCCAAAUCAUGAGCUUUAUUGCGGUGAUUGCACAGCUCUGUUGAAGUGGCUGAAUAGGAUCAAGUCAUCCUAGCUCUCUAACUCUUCAGUUGCAGGGAAACAUGGAUUUUUCCAGCUCUCACAUUGCAACACCUUUUCUUGCUGUGUGUGUGUGUGUGUGUGUGUGUGUGUGAGAGAGAGAGAGAGCUCUGUUAUCCUAUCACUGGAACCUGUGUUUGCCAGGAUUCAGCCUUCCAACUUGGGGUGAGGGUAACAGAGAACACACAAACCUAUGCAGAAUGCCUUUCAUGAGACCACAGUAAGCCCUCACACACUUAGGAUUUGCAGGGAUGGGAGUUUAAGGAGACAUAAUAAGAAUUACAAAUAAGCUUCUCCUACUUCUCACGGCAGAAAUUAAGCAUGGGGUGAGGGAUCAUAUUGAGUGCGCAAUCAUUUUAUUUCUCGGGCCAGACUAAAUGCUAGCCUUGCUGCUGUCAGACGUCCAACGUUUUUAUCAAUCUGAACUCAUUGGCUGGAAGGGAUGGGCUAGAAAUUCAGGGUGGCUCCUCGGUGAAACCUAUCCAAAAAUAAAGUUUUGUUUAGAUAUGAGGCCAAACCCAUAGCCGGUAUUUAUCCUCCCCCUCUUCAAAGCAAAAAUUUAAAAAGCCCUUUGGUGCUUGACUGUCUCUGGCAGUCUUUUGUUUGUUUGUAGGUGGUUCUGGCUAGGGGAGGAUGGGUGGGUGGCGGCAAGUUUGCCAUUCAGUUUAAGCAAUGACUUGUGCUGGGAAAGAUGACAGGGCGAGGGCUUGCUGUUCUUCUGCAGAAAAGCAAACAAAACAAAAAGCCACCUUCCUGUUUCCUUUACUGAUGGCACAUAUACAUUCCUCUACAAAAAGAAGGCCAGUGCUCCACCCAUCUGUGAAGCACAGCUUGGUUCCUUUCUCACUCUAUGUAGCAGCCAAGGAUGAUGAUGUUCAUGAUCGCUUUCAUAAACAAACAUAAGCUAGGGAAGAGACUCUUUAAUGUAGAGGUAGAGUAGGGUCCUCUUAUCAUCCUGACCGUUGGCCACGCUGGCUAGAGGGCCACAGGCUGUCCAGCCCUAGGCUAGAUCUUCCUACAGGUUGCCCUCUUCGCUCUUCCAAGGUUGCAAUACUUCGCAUACUAACAUGGCAGAAAGCCUUGCGGAGCAUAGCGAGGUUUUCUUCUGACUAAAUGUGCUUCAGAGUGCAAUGUACAGUGGUACCUCUGGUUACAUACGCUUCAGGUUACAGACUCCGCUAACCCAGAAAUAGUGCUUCAGGUUAAGAACUUUGCUUCAGGAUGAGAACAGAAAUCGUGCUCCGGCGGUGCGGUAGCAGCAGGGGGCCCCAUUAGCUAAAGUGGUGCUUCAGGUUAAGAACAGUUUCAGGUUAAGUACGGACCUCCAGAACGAAUUAAGUACUUAAGAAUUAAGUACCACUGUUGGCUUCCUCUAAUUGCGAAUCCGUCUGCGGCUUCUGUAUGAGAGAAAAGAACCUGCAUCUAGUGACACUUAGAACAGGAAACAUUGAGUUUGAAAGCUUGUAGGUCGUGGUGGCUAAAGGCACGAGCUGGGUUGUCUACUGUUCAAAUAACAGUUCAGUCCUGAACUCGUUGGACAGCAUAAGAGUCACACACAGUUUAAAAGGCCAUGGAUUGUUGAAUUAGCCAAAGGCCUAGGAGAAGAGGAAUGUUUUUGCCUGGUGCCUAAAGAUAUGUUAACAAAGGCACCAGGCAGGCCUUCUUGGGGAGAGCACUCCACAAAGCCAAGCUUCAGGAUUUCGGGAAACUUGGAGAUUCUUGGGAGGGAUAGCGAAGUGACAGAAAGGAAUAGAGUGAACAGAAAGCUGUACACUUCAAGAGGUUGUAUCCAAUCUUAGUCCUACUUUAGGUACAGCCAUCAAAAUAAGCAACCUAAGAUAGUCGUUCCCAUUACUACAGUGAGUCUACUUGUGAGUAGGACUUGACAUUAGAUACAACCCAAAGUUAUUAGCAGUGUUACCUGUGAAGCUAAGCAGUGUUAAAACUGCAAACUGCCCUGGUAUCUUCUAUAAUGUAACUACUGCAUACAUUUUUGUUUCAGAUUAUGACGACGGGUUUUCUAUGAAGCACACUGCCACAGCCCGUUUCCAGAGAAAUCACCGCUUAAUUAGUGAGAUUCUGAGUGAAAGCGUCGUCCCCGAUGUCAGAUCCGUGGUCACCACGGCAAGGAUGCAGGUUCUCAAACGCCAAGUCCAGUCCUUAAUGGUUCACCAGGUAAAGUUUGGCUAUAUGAGAACGCUUAAUAAAUGUAAUAGCUUUUCAUGUGAGAUGUGCCCGGGGGAUAUCUGUGCCUAUAACAGCAGCGGUCACACACACACACACACCCCUGUGUUUUGAAAUCUACCUGUUAUUCAGGUAAAAUCUCCCCGUUGUUGAGCCCUGUCACUAGCACUGCUAGGGAGGGGGCCUUUUCUCUGCUGAUGGUGAAGAAAAAUUUGAAAUACCUUCAGUAUUUUCUUUAUUAGAAAUACUGAACUUUGUUCUGUCCUUGGGCUCUGAAAUCAUCCAUAAUAUUGGACUUCCUGUGGCCUGAAAUUGUUUGAGCACAGCAGCUGCUCCUGUUUAGAGACACGUUUGGCAAACUUUUUUCUGAUUUGUUACAGUCCUGUUCAACUCUAGUUCUUGUUUUAAAAGUCCUCCCUCCAAUCCACAACUCAGGGGCUCCCCCCCCCACCGCCCACUUUCUUUCAAGAUGGUGCAGAAAUAUAAGAUGGUGUUGUUUUUCUUGAAUGAUUUGUUUACCUUUCAUUUUCUUCCACCUCAUCCCAAACAACUCGUGUAUCGUUAUUUGUAUCUCUUGCUGCUGCUUCUUGCAAGUGUGUCUUGCGGGGGGAGCGGAACUUGCUAUAAACAUGCAUGUUUUUCAAAAAGCAGCUUGGGGAGAACCUACAAGUCUCUUGAAGUAGCUGAACACAUAUCCUGGGCAUAUGAUUCACACACACAGAGAGAGAGAGAGAGAGAACUUACCUCUUUCUGACUUUUGGGAAUUGUGGGGGGAGGCCCAACAUUCAGCGCUUUAGACGAUUUCUGUAGAGAGAUCAAAUGUAACAAAAGGUCUGGACUACCUCUUUAAAUAUCCCCGUACAUGCUGUACUUUGUCACAGAGAUUCAACUGUUGAACCGGGUGAAACUAGGAGCCACUCUUUCUAAAGACGCUGUUGCAACUUUUCAUUAGCAUGCAAACUGCCAGAGGCUAUUUCUCUGCAUGCUAGGGUUUGUUUCCCGAGUUGCUAAAUAUGUGAACUAAGUGUUCCUUCUCCAAGAUUUAGGAUAGAAAAACAAUGGUAUGUACAGGGUGUGGGGAACCUAAACUGAAAACCAAGUUACGGAUUGGUUACAAUACCAUCAGUUACAUGAAAUGUUUAAAUUAGAUAGGAAAAAAAUGGUUUUUCAGACCAAAGCUCACAAUUCAAAAAAGAACUUAUACAAAACAAAGAGAAACUUUUGUCGAAAAUGUAUAAUAUGUUAUUAGACUGGGAAACAAAAGACAAGCUUGUUAGAGCCUCAAUGACACACUGGGCAAUAGAUAUAGGACACAAAAUAGAUUUUAACCUCUGGGGAAAACUCUGGGAAAGUGACUUGAAGUUUACAGCAUGCUAUUCUUUGAAGGCGAACUACCUGAAAAUGAUUCGCAUUUAACUCUGAGUAGGCUUGCUAAGAUGUAUAAGACUGAAUCAGAUAAGUGCUGGAGAUGCAAAGAGGUGGACGGAACGUUCUUUCAUAUAUGAUGGGCUUGUAAAAGGGUAAAAGAGUAUUGGGAAAUGAUCCACAAUGAAUUGGAAAAAAAAUGUUUAAAAAUACUUUCCCUCAAAAAACAGCGUCCUUUCUGUUGGGGAUAAUUCAGACUGAAAUUCCCAGGCUUCGAAAAAGGUUAUUUAUCUAUGCUACAUGUUUUGUUAGCCCAAAAAUGGAAAACAAGCGAGGUCCCAACCAAAGAAGAAUGACAACUUUAGUUGACAGAAUAUGCACAACUUGCAGACUUAACAUAUAGAAUAAGAGAACAAGAAGAACAUACAUUUAGAGAAGAUUGGAAAACAUCUAUUGAAUAGAUGGGAAAUAAUUGUGUACAGCUGAAAACGUUGGCAGCAUUAAGAUAAAUUCAUGUAAAUAAGUUAUGAUGGAUGCAAUAAUGGAAUACUGAAUGGUAUAGUUUUUGUAAAAUAUGCAGGGAUUUAUGAUAUGUAAAAUGAAGUAUGGAAAGAGAAGAAGGGAAGUCAUUGAUGUCUUAAGGAUGUAAAAUGAGCCACCUCUUUUUAGUGCAACUGUAUAAUACCUGACCCUGAACUGUUGGUUCCACAGUGUUGGACCCACCACCAAUAAGUCCUUGGGUAGAGCUUACACUUAGCUAUGAGGACAACUUGAGAAUUCCUUUGUAUACUUCAGGAGGCAGCAUAUGUGCAUAUUAAAACUAACUUCAAUAUAGCACUGCACCUUCUGAACUGUGUGGCUAAAAAGCCAGCCCAACUAACACCUUCCAAAUGCAUUCAGGCUGACAAAUCUCUUGGGAAAGAGUUCACGGUUGUGGACCAUCUCGGCACACAAAUGGAAAUGUCACCAGGACACACUCAAUUGAUAAUAGAAGGACUUGUAAAAUAUGGAUCUUAGCGUUCAAGCAGUCAGGCAUGUGUGUAUGUAUAUGGAGAGGAAUGGAGUGAGAGAGAGAUUCUUAUUUUAAAGCACAGAUAAAUUAGCAUUUUUACAGCCAUUUGCAAUGUCUUUAAGCUUGGGUCUGGAGCGUAAUAACCUGUUUGUAAAGUGUUUGAGGCAUUCUGGUGUGCUGCCAAAAAUAAACUUUACUUCCUUAUUAGCAGAAAUUAAGGACGUGAUUAUACUACAGUCUUAAACCUUCCCACAUACACACAUCCCAAAUAUGGGUCUUUAGAAUUAUGAUCCCGUGAAGAGGCCUCAGCUCUAACCAUUCUUACAAGUCUCAGGCAGAGGGAUGUUUGAAAUGGUCCACAGGCAAGAGAGUGGCAAGAAUUUAUUGGGAGGUGUUUGCCAGUGGAAUAAAAUGGUUCGCAUUACUUGGCCUCAUUUUGUUUCUGAAAUCAUCUGCUUUUCUUUCAAAGUAGAGGAUCUGCAUAUUUUUCUUCAAAUUCCCCACUCUCAAAUAUAGCAGUCUUUUGCAUGAACAUUUGAAUUAACUUGUGUGUUUGUGUUGCAGCUAUGUGCUCACUUUUUAAUCUCAUUUUCCACUUACAGCGGAAACUAGAAGCUGAGCUCCUGCAGAUAGAAGAACGUCACCAGGACAAGAAAAGGAAGUUCCUGGAGAGUACAGAAUCCUUUAAUAAUGAGCUGAAGAGGGUAGGGUUCUGCAGAGCUUUUCUACUUGUUCCAUGGACUAGUAGGCUUUCUCAGUCAAGGGCUGAUAUGUGACUCCCCAAAACAGAGAGGAGGAAGAGCUGAAAUCCUCUGCCAUUGCAAUUUUCUAAAGCUUUGAUCUACUGAGUCUGUCCGGUUCCAUGAACUCUUUUGUCUGGAAAGACUAGGGAAUGAGCCUGAGACUUUGUUUUCUGCUGCGUAUCAGCCCUAGGGUAGGUUUAGUUUCCUUUGAAGCAAGGCUUCACCUUUUGAAAUAUUGUGCCUCCCAGUACACAGGUUGGGAAGGAGCAAAAGGGAAAUAGCAUCUUGCACCAGUAAUCUAGUUCCAAGACAAAAUAAAUACAGGCCCAAAGAGUUCACAGACUUUCCUCGUAAGAGCUAGCUCUCACUGAGAUGGUUAACUUGCACCAUGUCCAAAGGCAGUUUGUGGAGAAGACUUCAAAUAGAAGAUUAGCGUUCUCACUAACAUGCUGGGUUUCAGGUGGCCUGUCUCACUAACCUCCUAGCUUACUAUGUGUAGGAAUAUUGUCAGUGGGGGAGCAUUCUCUCAUGUGAGCCAAACACACCUUAGUCCAGCCUUUCUCAACCUGUGGGUCCCCAGAUGUUGUUGAACUACAACUCCCAUCACCCCUAGCUAGCAAGGCCAGAGCUCAGGGAUGAUGGGAAUUGUAGUCCAACAACAUCUGGGGACCCACAGGUUGAGAACCGCUGCCUUAGUCUGACACCCAGACAUAUUAAUCACUUCUCUGGAAACGAGGCCCAUCUCAGCUUUUAAGAUUCAGCAAGGCUCACAAUAUUUGACGUGGAAUGAACGCGAUGGCUCACCUCCAACAUACCCAGCUCCUGUGCUUCCUGGUGACUCAUAUCAUGAUGUUUGAGACCAAAACAGCAGAACUGCUUUCUGUCUUAGUAACUAUUCACUUUUGCGCAGUGCUUCUUUCUGGGGGGACACAGGGGGACGCAUACCCCUAAACAUUUUAUGAAUCUAAGUUUGGCCUCAUUGAGGGGCAGUAUUUCAGGAUGAGUAGGAAAAUGAGAGUACCCCUAAACUUUUUUUUUAAAGCACUGCUUUUGCUCCAGGCCCACGUAACACCCCAAGCUAAACUGCACGCUCAUUGUUGCUGGCCAAGUUCCUUUUAUUAAUGAAAUGGUUGUUUGACAAAGGGGAGUGAUUCCGUUUCAGUACCGCAACCCGUCCUGACUAGCUGAAACUCUAGAGGAAACAUCUAGGGAGUUGCAGUCUGGCUGUUGGAGCCUGCUGUAGAAAACUGAAGGUGUGAAAUUCAGAUUAUCAUUGGAACGACAACAUCCCCCCAAAAAAUAAUGCAUGUCACUUUUCCACACAAAGCAGUUUGCCACAUAAGUACAGCAAUGACAGAAAUAUAAAAACUCCCAUCGUAAUCCCAGCUUGAUGUGUCAGAGGGGCGUGUGUAAAAUCUGUUCCACAAACAGAACCAUUUAUGGGUAAGAAAAUUUUCAAAACCUGACGCAGUAGGUGUUUUUAUAGUAAACCAUGGCUACAACCAGUGCUUUUUUUUUCCCCUAAAAAAAUGUUUAAGGGUACUCUCAUUUUCCUACUCAUCUUGAAAUACUGCCCCUCAGUGAAGCCAAACUCAGAUUCACAAAAUGUUUAGGGGUAUGCAUUUCCCCCCCCCCCCCCCCAGAAAAAAGGCACUGGCUGCAACAGUCAGCUUUUUGUCUCUGGUAUGUGAGUGAAGCAAUCCACACACACACACACACACACAGCCUUCUGUACAAGAGGGGCUUUGAAUGGAGCGGAGAUGUCCCCCUGCCCUGUGUGGCACUGCCGGAGCUCCACCGUAGGCGGGGAAGCCCUGCUGGUCAGAAGUGUCCCAGUGCUCCUGCCCAAACAGCAGGCAAGCAGAAACUGCUGGCGGUGGCAUCCUGGCCGGCAGUAGCCAACAGAAACCCCUGAAAUGUGAUUUUGCGGGAGGGAAGUGCUGGCUCCUGUGUCGACCCUCCUGCCAUCACAUGGCAGCCACAGGGCCAACCUGGGAUGCUUUGCUGUUCCAGCCUGGGAGCUGACUCGGUGAAGGGGGACAUUUUCCCUGCCUCUCUCCCCAUACCUUCUUCCCUGGCUGGCGCGAAUGCUGUGGCUGUGAAUGCAUCGCUGGCUGUGCUGCGUCACCAAGCCCCACAGGAUUUUUGGGGGGUGAAUUAAUCUAUAAGCACUUUCCAACAGGAAUCUUACCAAUCCUGUUGAAAUAAAGAUGUGAGCCUGGAAUAUCCCCACCACCGGAACCAAGCAGUGAUAGAUCGGACUAGUUCAAAUUAAUUUUAAAGGUGUUUUUUUUGUAAGCUACAACUGAAACACACAAAGCUUGUUGGUUCUUAGGAAUAAUAGUUUCUGAGCUUUGCCAGCACAGAUGGCUUGCAGUUGCCUCAAAUGUUGGAUUUUGGCUUUGAUUCUGUGCUAAAAUAUCUAUUUAAGAUAGUGUAUAUGAAUCACACCUACAGUGUGAUUUAUUCAUACAUAUUGUGCAUCAUAUUUCUGCUGUAUGUAUUAUUCCCUUAUUGUAUAUCGGAGGGAGGGGAGACUGAAGUUGGGAGAAAAUGCCAUGCCUAAGGCUGCCUAGUGACGUCAUAGUGGAGACAGGACUUGGGCCUGCAGCCCCAAGGUGAUGAGAGAACCUGGAUAUUAAAAGUGACCCGUGAUUUUUCCCUCUUCCCCACAUCCAGCUGUGCAGCCUGAAGGUGGAGGUGGACAUGGAGAAGAUAGCAGCCGAAAUCGCUCAGGCCGAGGAGCAGGCCCGCAAGCGGCAGGAGGAGAGGGAGAAGGAGGCCGCGGAGCAAGCCGAGCGCAAUCAGAACAGCACAAGCGCCGAGGAGGAGCAAGCAGCCAGCAAGGCAGAGGAGAAGAAAGAGGAGGGGAGCACUCCAAUGGAAGCAGGUAAUCGUGUGGCAAGCCCGGGGGGGGGGGGGCUUCCCUUGAAGCAGCAGUGGUGCAUGAGGGGGGCAUGUAGCCGAGGUCGGAAGAAGGGCUGAUGUUUUAAACUGAGCCUUUUCUUAAAGGAUCUGGAGUCUGUAUAGUGGUACCUCGGGUUACAGACACUUCAGGUUACAGACGCUUCAGGUUACAGACUCCACUAACCCAGAAAUAGUACCUCGGGUUAAGAACUUUACCUCAGGAUGAGAACAGAAAUUGCACGGCGGCAGCGAGAGGCCCCAUUAGCUAAAGUGGUACCUCAGGUUAAGAACAGUUUCAGGUUAAGAACGGACCUCCAGAACGAAUUAAGUUCUUAACCCGAGGUACCACUGUAUCGAGUAGCACAGUUGAGUUUUAAUAGGCUCCCCAUCAACCAGUGGCUCCCCCUUUUUCACGUCUCGCGCAUCACUGCGGGAACAGGUUACAGCCAUGUCUGGUGAUGCAGAUGUGAAGAAGACUGAACUCUGCAUUGACUUAAUAACCAGGGCUUGUCUUUAGUUGCCAUUUAUGAUACAGCCAGACUUUCAUUCAAACAAGGUCUCCUCUUCUGUGAGAAAAAAGAGGAAGAACUUUCCCGAACUUGGUGCAGUCCGGCUGGGUAAGAGCCUUGAAGUAGAGGUGGCCAGAGCGGGAGUUCUUCCUCGAUUUAUGCCUCUGGGUCCAGCAGCUGAUGGUUCAAUGGAAAACAAGUUUGCCUCUGAGGGGCCCUUUUCUCUUAGUAGGCAUUGAGGCUUUGUAACAACUAGUUCCCACUCCACCCCGCAGCCAGGGGGAAACAAAGCUCUCAGGGAAGAAUAGAAUAGAGAAACUGCAUUUCCUUACAUGCUUUCCUUGUUGGGAGAGAGUGCAGAGCCCCCCAGACCCUAGCAUCAUAGAAUUGUGGAGUUGGAAGGGGCCGCAAGAGUCAUCUAGUCUAAACCCCUGUAAUGCAGGAAUCUUUUGCCCAACAUGGGGCUUGAACCCAUGGCCCUGAGAUUAAGGGUCUCAUGCUCUACCAACUGAGCUACCAAGACUGAAAGAAUGAACUCCGGAGAAGUCUACGGGGAAAUAGUAGGCCUGCUCCUUUCAUCAUUGCUCAUAACUCAGUUAUAUUGUUUCAUUAGUAACAUAAGAGGGAAAAUGACUAUUGCUCGUUCUUAAUCUAAGCACAAUCACCAGGACUCCUGAUUAGGCGUUUGGGUAUGUGAUGUUAAUUGAAUGUUAAUUCUAUUCUGUCCCGUUUCCCCCUUUUUAUUGUUUUUCUUAAACCACUUCACAAACCAGGAACUUACACAUUGACCACUAAUCAUGAACCAUAUGUUGUAGAUAUCACUACAAAUUUAUUAUGCUCCUUUUGUGAUACACAAAUGCCAUGAGACUUGGUCUAUUUAUUUGUAUCAUUUAUUAUUCCUGUGAUCCUUAUUUAUGAAGCCUAAUAAAAAAGUUAUUUAAAUAAGAAUACGAAUAAUAACUCUGAUACAGUUUGAAGGGUUAUGCAGCCAGGCAGCAGGGCCUGCAGCCAGAAUUGUUGAGGAAACCCAGCCAGAUGGGUGGGGUAUAAAUUAUUAGUAUUAUUAUUCCUUGGAUCUAGGAGGGGUGGUGUUGGUAGGGAUUGCCCCUUUUUGUGCAGACCACGAAAGCACUUCUGCCUCUCCGCCAUCCUGAUUGUGCUCACAUCUUAAUUUGGGGCAUAAGGAAGGCAGGAACUAGACUGUGCCAACACCUCCCAAAGAAAUAUGUCAGUAAGGGAAAGCUUUUGUGUGGAAUUGGACUUCCUUGAAUCUGUUCCCCAUUGUACUGCACACUCUCCCUUCAUUCGCUCAGCCCAGCAGUGGAUUACCAUGGCUAUAGUGAUGCCUCCUCACCUUUCCCCCACAUCUUCCCAACAACAAUUCACAGCCCUUUCUGCCCCUAAGCCCCUGUACUGGCAGAUCUUAGCCUUCAAAAUGCUCAUUCCAUGACAUCAUAGCAGUCCGGCCAAUGGUUGGAGAGGUGGCUGCACAUUUUCAGUAAAGGGAAGUUAGAGUUCAUGCAGCAGGCCAGCUAGGGAGGUUUCAAACAAUGCUGGUGGAAUUUAAGCUGGAGGAUUUGGGGAAACUGCAAUUAAAACAGGUUCUGAAUUUCCGUACCUUGUUUAAUAUGAUUACUGAGCCAUAUCCCUGUGGUAAGUAACCAGUCUGCCAAAUUCCCCUUUGUAUAUACUUGGUUGUUACACAACCUAGGCUCUACAAGCCAACUAUUGCCCCAAGAAUCUACAAACAAUACCCAUCUUACGAAUAGCAACUCUCAAGACAGGAUUGCUUUGUUUUGUUUUCUUUCUGGGCAUGCCAUGCGUUGUUUGGACGCCUAUUGUUGUGCCUGAAAAGCUUUCUAAAUUCAAAGGAGGGGAAAUCUCACUGACAAACUUGUUUCUAUGGCAGAGGAGCCUCCUGCGGAAGAAACCAUUGAGAGCCAGCAAAACGGUGAAGGGACAUCCACUCCGGAAGACAAGGAGAGUGGCCAGGAAGGAGUCGAAAGCAUGGCGGAGGAAGGAACGAGUGACAGCAACACCGGCUCCGAAAGCAACAGCGCCAUGGUCGAAGAACCGCCAGCUGACCCGGUGGUUCCGGAAGACAGUGAAAAGAAAGAAUAAAUUUUUAGCUACUUUUCAUGCAUCUCCCUUUUUUAAAAACAAAAGAUUAACAGCAUGAGAAAGAAAAGAGGUGGCAUGUAGGUUCCUCUUGGUAUCGUUUCAUGUAUAUUGGUCACCACCAAAUGGUUACUGGGCAUUUUAACUUUUUGUGACAUCAGAUAUCCAGGGGUCACGAAUGGAUUUAGAGCGAUCAUUUGGCACAGAAGCAGAUCACAGCUCGCACACAGCUGCAUCAUAAUCCACAACAGCAGCAUCACUCUUCUCUCUCAAGGAAGCAAUUUUACUCUAUGAUUUGCUUUUUAAAAUUUUCCUUAUGCCCUCUUUCCAGGGAAAAGUUAUAGAGUGUUUUAGAGAAGCAUCCACAUAUCUGAAUAAUCCCUUUGUUCUCAGUUGGAGACUUGGCAACUUCAAAUCAGCUUAUUAAGUUAUAAGUUCUGCCAAAUUCACUCUCCCUCUUUCACAUUAUUUAAAAUUGUGUGUGGAACUGAUACUCCAGAUUUCCAUUCCUUUCAGAUAUAAUUAAAAAUUGGUGAUCAGUGAAAAGAAAACUUCCUUCCUGCAAAAUUAAAUUGCCAUUCGUUUUUGUGAAGAAAGGAAAUUUCCUCUCUACCCAAAACACUUUUAAAACACCACCACACACCUCAUAGUUUUAAACUAGUUUUUUUUUUUUAUCUAAAGAACUUGUUAAGGAAAUCCUUAUACAACUUUGCAUGGAAAUAGCAUGGAAAGAUCUGGAUAAGAGCUACAAUCGCCGGACACCUUCUUUGCUCUUAAUGUUCCCCUUUUUCAUUGUCUGUAAAAGAAAAUCUGACUUUCCAACACUGAGAGAAAAAAACGGAGAUAAAUGUAAUAUUUCAGAAGUCUGAAAUGUGAGAAAGGCCUUUAACCAGAAUGCAGUUUCUCCCCAGGCACAUGGUGAUUAAGACCAUUCCCACUGAAAAUGCAGCUGCAUUAUACAGCUUCGUUAAGUCUUGCGGCUCUAUGGAGCAAUGUGGGAUCCUUGAGGGAUUCCCAUCACCGCCAUUUUUAUUCUCCUUGAUCCCUUUCCUAAGAACGAUUUGAUGCAAAGGCGGUAGUGGAACACAAUCCAAGGCAAUUGUUUGAAGCUUGUCAGAGUAUUUCCCCUCCCACGCUGCGCUGUGCUACCACAGCACCAUGCAAGCAAUUCACGUCAAACAGCUUUUUGGAGUUGCAGCGAGCUCUUAGGAUCCCUUACAGCACCACCAAGUUAUUUGUUUUCCUUGUUAAACGCUGGCUGUCUGAGAAUUCUGCUUCAGGGUUGCCCUCCACAGACGUCUUCUCAGAGGAUUAAAAAAUAAAUUAGUAACUUUAAGGGAAGGCAACGCCAGUCUUUUUGUGAGUGUCUCCUAAUCCCUUGUUGGUUUAAGGAUUUAUGGUGGGUUUUGUUUUGUUUUGUUUUGUUUUUCAAACAACUCUCUUUGUUCUGUUUUAAAUGGUUUUUCACGUAAUAAACUAAAACAUGUUUUAAGAAAAUGG